AGCCGCGGACCGGCCGGCGGGCUGCGUGUCUGGAGUGGGCGCGGGGCCGGCCAUCUAGGCUGUCGCGACGCGGGGCAGGCCUCGCCACAGGCAACUUUAAGAAAAAUGGCCCUGUCAGCCCAACGGGUACCCAGAUGGUUCAGUGCAAUUAAGUUGAGUAGCUUCAUUAAUGCUACACAAAUCAGAAGACUUUUUCUGAGACCAAGGUAUACAUUGCUGUAUGGCUUUUCUGCUCAGCCUCAGAUGUCCUCUGACAAUUGUUUGGUCCAGCGGAGAAUUAAGACUUACAGGACUUCCUCCUUAUGGAAUAGUUCCCAGUCCACCAACUCAAGUAGGGAAGACAAUAAUUCUGUACAAAGCACUCUGCUUCCUUCCGUGAAUGAACAGCCACAGGAGCCACAAAAGAUACCCAACAGUGAUUCUGAGUUGUCUCUAGAAGGACUGGAAGAUCUGCCUCCAUUGUCUCCAUUGCAGCCAAUUUCCGAGGAGGAGGCUAUUCGAAUUAUUGCAGACCCUCCAUUGCCCCCUGUUUCAUUCACACUUCGAGACUAUGUGGAUCAUUCUGAGACUCUGCAGAAGUUAGUGCUUCUAGGAGUGGAUUUGUCCAAGAUAGAAAAACAUUCGGAUGCAGCCAACCUCCUUUUGAGACUGGAUUUUGAAAAAGACAUUAAGCAGAUACUCCUGUUUCUUAAGGAUUUGGGUAUAGAGGAUAACCAGCUGGGAUCAUUCCUGACUAAGAAUUAUGCAAUUUUCUCUGAAGACCUUGAAAAUCUUAGGACCAGGGUGACUUAUCUACAGUCAAAAAAUUUCAGUAAGGCAGAUAUUGCACAGAUGGUCAGAAAUGCACCAUUUUUGCUGAAUUUUUCAGUGGAAAGGCUGGAUAACAGAUUGGGAUUUUUUCAGAAAGAACUUGAACUUAGUGUGAAGAAGACUAGAGAUCUGGUAGUUCGUCUCCCAAGGCUACUAACUGGAAGUCUGGAGCCUGUGAAAGAAAAUAUGAAGGUUUAUCACCUUGAAUUUGGUUUUAAACGUAAUGAGGUUCAACAUAUGAUCACCAGAAUCCCAAAGAUGUUAACUGCAAAUAAAAGGAAACUCACCGAGACGUUUGACUAUGUGCACAAUGUGAUGGGCAUCCCCCACUACAUCAUUGUCAGGUUCCCGCAGGUAUUUAAUACAAAGUUGUUUAAAGUCAAAGAAAGACAUUUGUUUCUUACCUACUUAGGAAGAGCACAGUAUGAUCCAGCAAAACCUAACUACAUCUCUUUGGACAAAUUAGUAUCUAUUCCUGAUGAAAUAUUUAGUGAAGAGGUUGCCAAAGCCUCAGUACAGGACUUUCAAAAAUUCUUAAAGACUCUUUAGUUUUUGAUAAAUGUUAAAAUGUAAUAAUAUAAAGUGAAUGUAUAUGUAAACAAAUGACUAUAUUUAAAAUAAAUGCC